AGGUGCUUUAAUGGAUGGAGUUGCCAACAUUGGUAUGGUGGAACUUGGUGAUGUCCAGUUGUCCACAUAUCUGGCAGAGAGAAGCCCAACAGGACAAGCUUUCUUUAGGAAUGGCCUUCCUUCACUUUUUUCUUUUCCGCCACACUGUAGAACCACAGAUUGUCUCGUUAGGUUUGAGGGAGAGCGCUCUGUUGAUGCAGUUACUGAUUGGUUUGCGACAACUGUGCUCAAGUUACCUCGCAUUCUCUACUACUCAAAAGAGUCACUGGUAAUUUGAUG